AUGACCCAGAUCGGCUUAAUGACCCCCCUUUUAAUAUGGUGGUGGUUGAUCCCACUGGGAGGAUGCGCAGGAAUUGCUGUGCAUUUAAGUAUUGCUUCAAGAGUAAGUGAUUACUUUCCCGAUGAUGUCCGCGAAUUGGAUGGAUCCAUACUUGCGGGGUCCUUCUAUCCAGAUGCAUUGUACAAUUGUUUUGGACUUAACGAUGCAGCCGAAGAAGCCCAUUGGCCGCCAUUCUUGCUCAGGAUGGUCGAGAACUAUAAGUCUUGUGGAAACAAAGAUUUGAAUAUAAAAGCAUUCAUAUAUGGGAUGUUCACCCAUCAGAUAGCAGAUGUAAGUUGGCACUCCUUACACAAAGCUCAAGGUUUAUUGGACUACUUAAGUGCCACUGAAUUCGGUGAUGCAAAAACAGAAGCCCACACCUUUUUGGAUACCGGAGGCGACUUUUUGGUUCUCUCCAGAGAAUUCGGAAAUCUUGAUAAACAGAAGAAGUCCGACUUGCUACACCAUUUUUUGUCAGAGUGGAAUAUACCUGUUGACCCCCUUAUUCUUGCAUACCGCCAACUUGGGUACGAUGUAUCAGCUACAGAGAUUAUGACAUGUAUGGUGAGAGGUUACUCCGGUCUAAGAGGGGAGCUCGAUUCUUUCAGAACAUCAGCACCCCCGGUACAGCACCGAUCCCCUUUGCUCAAUGAAAUAUUGGUCGACUAUUAUUUUGGAGGCAUAGACGAUAUUGUUGAUACAAUACGUGGCUGCUUGGAUGCACUGAGCCAGUUUUUCGAUAGCGACGAGGGUGCUGAUCCGUGGAAAGUCUGCUCUAUAUUUCAGCCAAAUUGGGUGAAAAGAAAUGAACAAACAGCAGCUGCCAAAAAGAGCUCAAGAAAUCAAACACUUGAAAUACAAAGAGCUGAAAAUGAGCCGUUAACAUUGUGGAACAAUCAACCUAAUUCAAAGUUUGGAUCAAGCUUAUUAUAUCAUGAAUCCAUCUCUGCGGAAGCAGAGUUGAUUAUUGGGGCAGAAUAUGAUCUCGAAGGAGGUUCGGUCUUCGUUGUACCUCUUGCAGGUUUAUUGGAUGAGGAUCAGAUUGAUACAGAAUGCUUCACUGAUUUGUCGACUGACCUAUCGUAUGGUCCUAGAUUUGGACAUCGGGUAACCUCAUGGAAAAUUACACAAUAUCCGUUUACCGUCAUUUCGGAACCUGGGAUGUCUAGAAUCUUCGUUUACUUGGACUCUCAGUUAGUGGCAGUUUUGGUCGAUUAUAAUGCAAGCACAAAACUCGGCAGUGGUGGGCCCAAAGAAUUAGGUUCCUUUUUGGCAACUGACGACAUCAAUGGUGACGGAAUCUGCGACUUGAUUGUAACGUCUCCUCAUUAUGAUCAGGAGGGGGUGAAACAGAAAGGAAUUGUCAAAAUUAUCAGUGGAUCGGUGUUUUUGAAGCAAAUUGAAUCGAUUUUGCUUUCUCUCCAGUCGACUGAAAGCAAUCCCCUCUUUUUUGAUAUCGAUGAGCUGACAUGUACCGAGUUUAAUCUCCCUGAGUCUUUUGAAUUGAAAGAAGGAUAUGACCAGUUUGGGACAUCUCUCUCAUUUACGAAUGAAUCAGUUUUCAUUGGCUCACUCGGGAUUGGAUCUGUGCUAGUCUAUGACAAGCUGGGGAAUUACAAGGAGAGAUUAUCAAACGUGGUGUCAAAACCAGACGGAAGUCGUGUGAUUUCUCAAGAGAGUGGUUUAUUCGCAUUUGGAGCCAGCAUUUCCGGUGAAUGGGAAUCUCAUGAAUGGGUACUCGUGUUUGCGAGUGCUCAGUUAUCCGAAUUUUGCUUCCAAUGUGGAUGCGGAUAUUUAUAUAUGAAGAGGGGCGAUUUUGACUUGGUUGCAACAAUCCAACCAAAAUGGGGAUUCAGUGUAUUUUUUGGCGUUAAUGCGAUCAAAAAUGGCGAUUCUGUUUUCGUUGCGGGAGAUGGAUACAUGGAUGGAGCAGGUGCGAUUUGGGAAAUCAAUAUUGACACAAUCUUACAACAAUCAAAACAUCAAAGCGGCAUUAUGGAGGUGAAAUUGAGCGAUUUUAAAGAACAGUAUGGUGGUGUUGUUAUAAAAGGAAAAGCAGGAACAGGGUAUAGUGGAUUUGGUCGUUCACUUGAGACCUUUUCAUACAAAAUGCAUAAAUAUUUGGCGGUUGGGAUGCCUUUCUAUGGAUACGGAACUCUCAACAGAGUUAUUGGAGGAGUCGAAAUACAUAUGAUUGAUUAA